AUGCAGAUGCGUCUUGCAUAUGCUGGUGAUCAGGGUAUGAUGGUCAGCUGGAAUACAUUUUCGAAGCUUGACACUCCCUCCGUUCGUUAUGGCCGCCACCCCAACAAGCUUGACAAGUCCGCUCAUUCGGAUAUCUCGGUGACCUACCCGACUUCGACCACGUACAACAAUCAUGUCAAGAUCACUGGCCUGAAGCCUGACACGCUCUAUUAUUAUCAGCCGUUUGGCAGUAAUGCCACCACCCCCUACACAUUCAAAACAAGCAGACCAAUCGGUGACGAGACUCCUUAUAGCGUCGCGGUAGUGGUUGACAUGGGCUUGAUGGGGAAGGAUGGCCUGAGCACGAGUGUUGGAAAAGGUGCCGCCAACCCAUUAGGCCCUGGAGAUAAAAACACUCAGCAGUCACUGCAAGCUCAAGGCGCUGAUACCGACUUCUUGUGGCAUCCUGGUGACAUCGCUUACGCUGACUACUGGCUGAAGGAGGAGAUUCAGGGCUACCUCCCUAAUACGACUAUUGCGGAUGGCUACGAGGUGUAUGAGAGCCUGUUGAACCAGUAUUAUGAUGAGCUUGUCCCGAUUACGUCGAAAAAGCCUUACAUGGUCGGACCUGGUAACCACGAAGCCAACUGUGACAACGGUGGCACGACUGACAAAGCCCACAACAUAAGUUACACAGUCUCUAUAUGCGCGCCUGGUCAAACCAACUUCACCGGAUUCCGUAACCACUUCCGCAUGCCAAGCGCCGAAUCUGGUGGCGUCGAAAACUUCUGGUACUCGUUCGACAACGGCAUGGUACAUUACAUUCAAUUCGACACUGAGACCGACCUUGGUCACGGCUUAACUGGACCUGAUGAGGUGGGUGGCAGCGAAGAUGAAGACAGUGGACCAUUCAGUCAAAUCAAAGAUGCUCAGUUGAAAUGGCUCGAAGGCGAUUUGGCGUCCGUCGAUCGUAGAAAGACUCCGUGGGUUGUUGUUGGAGGCCAUCGUCCCUGGUACAUCAGCGGCCAAAACGAGAGCAGCACCGUCUGUCUCGACUGUCAAUCCGUCUUUGAGCCAUACUUCAUCAAAUACGAUGUUGACCUCGUCCUUUCCGGUCACGUCCACCUCUACGAACGCAAUGUUCCUAUUGCAAACUACGUCGCUGACCCCAACGGUCUCAAUAACCCCAAGGCUCCGUGGUAUAUAACAAAUGGUGCUGCCGGUCACUAUGAUGGUUUGGAUAGCUUGGUUUACCCCCUACAACCAUAUUCCGCUGUUGCGUUUGAUGAUGCCUAUGGAUGGAGCCGGUUGACAUUCCACAAUAAAACUCAUUUGACCCAUGAAUUUGUGGCCAGCCGAAAUGGUUCUGUGCUUGAUUCGGCCACUUUGUAUAAGGAAAGAAAGCAUUGA